GUUAAUAGCAGCAGGGAUAGUUAUAUUCUAGUAAAGUUUAAUUUAUUGGGCCUUCUGUGCGGGUCCUAAUAAUAAGUGCUGCUCACAUAUGCGGCGACCACUACAAUGCUCGACAUGCGCUUUGGGCUGAUCGGGAGAUUGCCCAUGCGCAGAGGCGCUGGGGUCCGCUGGUGAUUGUACAUGCGCAGAGGGGUUGCUCCGAUCUCGCUGGAAACGUGACGUCGGUCAGAUGAAGAUGGCGGGGGUUGUGGCUCUGGGAGAGGGGAUCAGAAAACGAAUCGUCACCCCGAGCAAGGCCGAGCUGUCACAGUAUCAGGAUGGCACUAAGGCCACCUUCCACUACAAGACCUUGCUUUGUGAUGAGCAGCGUACAGAGGUCGAUGACAGCUCCAACAGAGACAAGCCAAUGGAGCUGAUUAUAGGCAAGAAGUUCAAGCUGCCUGUGUGGGAAACCAUCAUUCGCAGCAUGGGGGAAGGAGAAGUUGCCGAAUUCCUGUGUGACAUGACGCUUGUACUUGAUUACCCACAAGUGUCCCGUAGUCUGCGUCGGAUUGCAGCAGGAGAAGAUCCUCGUGAAGGUCAGAGACAUUGCUGCGGAGGGAUAGCACAACUUCAUGACCAUUCUCUUGGAUACAUGGAUUUGGACAUACUGCAAAAAGAUCCUCAGCCCUUAAUAUUUGUCAUAACUCUUUUAAAGGUCGAGGAGCCAGGUACCUACAGGCAAGAUGCUUGGGCUAUGACAGACGAGGAAAAACUGCAAGUGGUACCCACCCUUCACCAAGAAGGCAACCAGCUGUACAAAGAGGGGAAAACAGCUGAAGCAGCUGCCAAAUAUUAUGAAGCUAUUGCAUGCCUUAAAUCCUUACAGAUGAAGGAGCAACCUGGAUCUCCUGACUGGAUUAGUCUGGAUUUGAAGAUCACUCCAUUGCUUCUGAAUUUUUGUCAGUGUAAGCUUCUGGAGGGAGAAUAUUACCAAGUUUUAGAGCAUUGCUCGUCCAUUUUAAACAAGUAUUCAGAUAACGUAAAGGCAUUGUUUAAGCGGGGUCGUGCCCAUGCCGCAGUGUGGAAUGCAUCAGAAGCAGAGCAGGACUUCUCACGGGCUGUUGAGCUGGACCCUUCACUUGCUCCCCUUGUUGCAAAGGAAUUGAAGCAGCUUGAGGCACGGAUACACGAGAAGGAAAGUGAAGACAAAGCAAGAUUUCGAGGCAUAUUUAAAUGACUUUCAGUAGCAGCAAAUUCAUAGGUCAAUGUGCCAUUUCAUGUGGCAGUAACUUGUUAUGGGCAGGUGACUGGCACAAUAUAUAAAUUUUGGCUAUAACUAAGUUACAGAUAAGGUCAGUGGUAGUGUUUGAGGCAUAAUGACUGAAUACACCGCUGUGCAACUAUCAGACCGAAAGAAACUAUAUAUUUUCCUGUAAUACACCAACAUUACAGUAUCUGUGUCAUGUUAAAAAACCAUGUCCAUCAUACCAACCGCUGUAUAGG